UCAGGGACAUUGGGAAUAUUUGGGACAAUGGGGACAUUUCAGGUAUUGGGACAUUGGGGACAAUGGGGCCAUUUGGGGACAUCUGGGGACAUCUGGGGCCACUGCUGUCCCCUGGCAGGCCGCCUGAUCUUCGACAACCUGAAGAAGUCGAUCGCCUACACGCUGACCAGCAACAUCCCCGAGAUCACCCCGUUCCUGCUCUUCAUCAUCGCCAACAUCCCGCUGCCGCUGGGCACCGUCACCAUCCUCUGCAUCGACCUGGGCACCGACAUGGUCCCCGCCAUCUCCCUGGCCUACGAGGCGGCCGAGAGCGACAUCAUGAAACGGCAGCCGCGGAACCCCCGCAGCGACAAGCUGGUCAACGAGCGGCUCAUCAGCAUGGCCUACGGCCAGAUCGGGAUGAUCCAGGCUCUGGGCGGGUUCUUCACCUACUUCGUGAUCCUGGCGGAGAACGGGGUUCCUGCCGGGGACGCUGCUCGGAUCCGCCUGGCCUGGGACGACCGCUCCAAGAACGACCUGGAGGAUUCCUACGGACAGGAGUGGACGUACGAGCAGCGCAAGGUGGUGGAGUUCACGUGCCACACGGCGUUCUUCGCCAGCAUCGUCGUGGUGCAGUGGGCGGAUCUCAUCAUCUGCAAGACGCGCCGCAACUCCGUCUUCCAGCAGGGCAUGAAGAACAAGAUCCUGAUUUUCGGGCUGCUGGAGGAGACGGCGCUGGCGGCGUUCCUGUCCUACUGCCCGGGCAUGGGGGUGGCACUGCGCAUGUACCCCCUCAAGGUCACCUGGUGGUUCUGUGCCUUCCCCUAUUCCCUGCUGAUCUUCGCCUACGACGAGGUGAGGAAACUGAUCCUGAGGCGCUACCCCGGAGGCUGGGUGGAGAAGGAAACCUAUUACUGAUCCCCUCCCCCUCUUUUGGGACCCCCUGAGCCCCCCCCGCACCCCAAAACUAACCCGGGGGGGGUCGGGACCCCCCGAUCCGGGGGGACACCCGGACCCCCCCCCCGCAGAGCAAUAAACCAGUUUAACCCCG